AUGUCCACUCCACAAGAUCCGUCUCCCGGCACCAGCGGUGGCUACAAGCGAGCCAGCCGCAAGGGCGCCCCUAGACGUUAUGCGUGCCAGUAUCCCGGCUGCGACAGGGUUUAUUCUCGACAAGAGCAUUUGCAAAGGCAUCAGCUGAACCACAACCCUACAGAAAUAUUUAUCUGUGAUAGGCAGGGUUGUACGCAGAGGUUCGUUCGUGCCGACCUGCUGGCUCGUCACAAGAAGCGCCACUCUGGUUCGUACACUCCCCGAAAUCGAAUCCAGAGCUUUAGCGAUCCUCAGAAUACCUCUCUUGCGCCUCCUCCUGCCGCACCCCUUCUGCCUCCGAGAGAAGCGAAGGACUCUGGGCCUGAAGGAGAACGAAGAAACGGGCCGGAAAGCACAUCGCAAACUUGUACAUCCACAGCUCCUUCCAUUUCGCACCCAUCAGCGAGUGUUCCCCAUGAUGCCGCUAUCCUGUUGACCCCAGAGUCGAGCACCAACCAGCCUCUGCCACAGAGUCAGACACACAUCCAACCCCACAGCCUAUCACAAGCAUCACCAACCGAGACUGAUUGGACUACUGGUGCACUUAUGAGAGAUCCAAGAGCGUGCGACGUCCGCCGCCCAAAAGCAGGCACCAUCUAUCCUCCAUCCCCCCAACAGCAAAUUACUCCACAUGUGGCGGACCUUCAGCAUCAUCAUGUCCAUAGCCACGGUCAAGAAAUCCAGGAGACGGCGCCUGGCGUGAUGCCUUUCAACGCCAUGCAGUUCAUGGACUCGACCCUUGUACGAGAUUACUUUACUUCGUGGCUUUUCGAUAAUCAGGCGUCCUUUAGCGAUUUCAAUAUCGGACAGCUACCAUUCCUAGAAGGUGGUCUCGAGUCACCUUUCAAUAACAGUAUUCAUUAUGACUACGAGUCAUUGACAAGCCACUCGCACAUUGACACACCGCCACGCCUGCCGGACAUCGACGAAGGCAUCUCUGAAAUACGCCGACAGGAGGUUCUGCGGGAGUUUGAACUGUUCCGCGUCCGGCGAUCUCGCACUGAAUCACAAAUGCCAGACCUGGAUGGUGCCACUAGCACCGGAGGUCUCUCGAUGCCGACCCUAAAAGUGAUGAACGAUUGUCUCAAUGCCUAUUGGGAAUAUGUGUCGCCGCGUGUUCCCAUUGUUCACCAGCCUACUUUCUUCUGCAACACUUGCCCUCCGCUACUACUUCUCGUUGUUCUUGCACUUGGCGCUGCAGCUCUUCAUGGCCGCCAAGGAGUCGCCAUUGCAUCCGAAGACUUUGCGGAGCUUGGCGGCUUUGCCGAUAGCAUCAUAGUGAGUGCACGAUGGGAAAUAUUGACAGACGAUGAGGCAUCACCCCCUGUUGCUCUUUGGGUGGCUCAGGCACUUCUUCUCAUUGAAUUCUACGAGAAGAUGUACUCAACUCGCCGUCUCCACGAACGCUCACACAUCUAUCACUCGGCAACCCUGACUCUGCUGCGGCGAGGCAGUCCGCUUAUUGGCCGUUCUGGCAGCGAGUCGCCUCCUGACGAGGCUCUUAUUUCUUCGGCUACUAAUGCGCCCCUGUCAUCUGCAAAUCACGAUGAUCACCGGCAACGGUCACUUGAUCAUCAACAACAAAGCAGUGACUGGCAUGCUUGGUGGACACACUGGGCAGAAAAAGAGGCUAUGCACAGAGUCGUCUUUGCCGCCUUUUGCUUUGACGUCACACAUGCUGCUAUGUUUGGCCAUGCUGCCGACAUGGCUCCUCACGAAAUCCGCCUGCCUCUCCCGUGCGAUGACAAUUUAUGGACGGCGUGGAAACCCGACGAUGUGCGCAAGUACGACGCAGACUUACGCAUGUACGGUGUAAAGCCUAGUUUCUUCUUGGAUGGACUGAAGCGUGCUCUCCAUGGCCAGGAGGUGCAGACGCAUAGCUUUGGCCGCAUGAUCAUCAUGUGCGGGUUGCUGAGCGUUGGCUGGCAUUUGAACCAUCGUGAGAAACACGUCACGUGGCUAGAGCUGAAGACAUCGUCAUCUGAGGCGCACGAAAAAUGGCGGGCGAUUUUGCUCAAAGCCUUUGACAACUGGAAAGAAAGCUUUGAUAGGGCCCACGGAGCCUUGGGUGCUAUGCGGCCUGAGCCGGCCGUCUUGUCGUCUGUUUCGGCUACUAUUAGAACCCGGGCUACUCGUGCAGGACAGAAUCCGACCCGCACCGGCCCUGGAUAA